AUGCACCAGUCCGAAAACAGUAAAGAAAUGAAUUUUUCCACAAAUACUGAGUUGGAAGAAGACCCUAAACCCAGGAUUACAGAUAUAUCUCAGGCUGACUGUGCUGUCCUGAUCAUUGCUGCUGGUGUUGGUGAAUUCGAAGCAGGUGUCUCCAAGAAUGGGCAGACCCGUGAGCAUGCCCUGCUGGCUUACUCACUGUGUGCGAAACAACUAAUUGUGGGUGUUAACAAAAUGGAAUCCACUGAGCCGCCUUACAGCCAGAAGAGAUACGAGGAAAUUGUUAAGGAAGGCAGCACCUACAUUAAGGAAAUUGGCUACAACCCUGACACAGUAGCAUUUCCGACAACUUCUGGUUGGAAUGGUGACAACAUGCGGGAGCCAAGUGCUAACAUGCCUUGGUUCAAGGGAUGGAAAGUCAUUGGCAAAGAUGGUAGUGCCAGCGGAACCACACUGCUUGAAGCUCUGGAUUGCAUACUUCCACCAACUCAUCCAACUGACAAGCCUCUGCGUCUGCCCCUCCAGGAUGUCUACAAAAUUGGUGGUAUUGGUCCUGUCCCUGUGGGCCGAGGGGAGACUGCUGCUCUCAGACCCGGCAUGAUGGUCACUUUUGCUUCAGUCAACAUUACAACUGAAGUAAAGCCUGUUGAAAUGCACCAGGAAGCUAUGAGUGAAGCUCUUCUUGGGGUCGUGUGGGCUUCAAUGUCAAACGUGUCUGUCAAAGAUGUUCAUCUUGGCAAUGUGGCUGGUGACAGCAAAAAUGAGCCACCAAUGGAAGUAGCUGGCUUCACAGCUCAGGUGACUACCCUGAACCAUCCAGGCUAA